AUGGAUCAAGUGCAUCACAACACGCUCGCAUACGACGGCUCUGCCGACUCUGGACUCGCCUCAACUUCAACAUACAAGAGCUCCUUCGUAGAUGCUGGUCCUGCCAACUCGACAAGCAAGCUCAAUGGCAGUCCCACUCCUGACUACUUCGAUCUCAGCCCCUUUGAAGCGGACGGACAAACGAAGACGUUCACGAAGCGGAGACGUAUGCCACGCAUCACCGGUGACACGAUCGCCAUUCACGUUCUGCACACUCUGCCCAUCUUGCUGACCUGGGUCGCCUGGAUCCUAUUGCUCGUCUCUAUCAUUGGACCGAUCAGCGCACCCGUCAGCUAUUUCCGCCUGGAAGACCCAUCAGGCGCAGUGUCAAAAGACGCAGCGCAAUUCAGCUAUGGCGCGCUAGGCUCGUGCGCUAAACCGGCAGGCGCGGCGAAAGCAUACUGCACCACAGCGAGCACUUCUCCGGACUUCAAUAAUACCAUCACGUCUCUCGGACUCGCAGACGGCUUCGAGCACCCCUUGCUCAAUCAUUUGCAGCUCACGCCUGGCGUACUCGUUGCCGCACUCGUAUUUGGCAUCCUUGCGGCCUUUGCCUCGAUCGUACCGGCUAUGCCGAUGUACAACCCUCGGCUUGAGCGACUUGCAGAGCUCAAGUCGAUCAGCCUCACGGUGGCUACGACUCUCUCCUGCAUCUCGUGGGUCCUAGGCGUCACUGCCAGUCUUGGCCUUCGUACCCAGAUUGGCAUGUCAGCAUCGAGGUUCAAUGCGGCAGUCGCGGCGAGCGCCAAGAUCUCAAUAGACCAAAAUCUAGCGCAUGCCUCGAUUGGAGGCGGCGCUUUUGCAUGCCAAUGGCUCAGCUAUGCCUUUUUAGGCAUCGCCAUUCUACUCAACCUGAGCGCAGAUGUAUAUGAAUUUGACAAGCAAAGCAUUCCAGCAUAG